AUGUUCGGUCCAGUACGCCGCAAGUUAUUUAUCCUCAUUAUAGGAUUUAUGCUAGGAACAGUUGUUGAUCUAUUUUGGAACUGGAAAGGCAUUUCAUCUGAAGUGGCUGAUUUACAAAGAUGGGAUAAAAAUUCAACAUUCACCGUUCACCAGAGAAGUGAUGAGACUAACAGAUUAUCAUUUUUGUCAACAUCUAAAGCUAAACAUGAACUUCAGAAUAAUCUCAUAUUAGGGGCUGCUGUAGGUCUUAAUUUAUCAGUUUUGCAUCGUUUCGUUCAAUCAACACGUACCAGUUGCAAUCUGUGUACAAUAACACUGCUUGUGCAUGAUUUUUCUAUGCGUUCUGAUCAUUUUCGACUCCUUUCCGACGUCUUUCAUGUUGUUCUAAUUCCGUAUCAACAAUUUUUACUAUCAAACAAACAUGAAACUUUUGUUAUGAAAAGCAUUCAUUCACAACGUUGGACCAUUUUUUCGAGUUAUUUACAGACACUUCAAAAAGAAGGAAAAGCAUUUGAUAAUGUUUUUAUCUGUGAUGUUAGUGAUACAAUAUUUCAAGCAAAUGUUUUCAAACACAUGAAUAAAAUGGGUGAUGGCUUGUAUGUGUUUUUGGAAGACAUUCAUUUCCGAAUCUCCAAAUCAAACAUUAAUGCUAAUUGGAUUAGGGUAUGCUAUGGAGAACAAAUGUUACAACAGAUUGGUAAUAAAUCAAUAAGCUGUUCAGGAACUGUUCUUGGGUCGUGGCCAGCAAUAACUACAUAUCUAUCGACAAUGACAGCACAGUUUCUUAAUCUAUCACGUGCAUGUCUGAAAAUGACAGGCAAUGAUCAAGGUGUACAUAACUUCAUUAUUCAUAAUGGCCUGAUACCCGAUACUACGAUUUAUCUUAUACCACAUGAAACUGGUUUUGUUGCAACAGCAGGUUUACCAAAAUGGCUCAAAAGAAAUAAAUUUGGCCACAUACUCAAUAGCCGCUCAGAAAUAUAUGCCGUUGUACAUCAAAUAAAUCGCAGCCCACAAUUGCUAGCACAAUUCGAUCGUAUAUAUCAAACUUUGCCUGAUGAUAUAUUAAAUAGAAAGGCAUAG